UCAUUCCACUCUCUUUGGCUUCCAGAACAGGUUUUUCUCGAGCUCUCUUUCAAGCCCGGAACUCCUGGCCACCACAAGAAGGUUCGUCUCUCUCUGUCUCACACCUUUUUUUCUUCAAGGAAAGCAUUAAGCAAACCCUUUUUUUGUGUGUCCAUUUGGAGAAUUGAUGUUCUGGAGAUGGACAUGGCGAAAAGAAGUAGAGGUUGCAACAGCCCAUCAUCACAAGUCUCGGCAGAAAUCCUCUAUGAAACUGGCUCUCAUGAUCAUGAGGAGGCUGAGGAUCAAAUGAUGGACCUGCGAAGAGGGCCUUGGACUGUUGAGGAAGAUCUAGCUCUCAUGAAUUACAUUGCUAACCACGGCGAAGGCCGCUGGAACUCCCUCGCUCGCUGUGCAGUUUCAGUUUGCACCGUUGGAAGAUGUUUAUCUAAUUGGUUUUGUACCAAUAUACAACACUCAAACACUCUCUUUCACCCCUUCUCUCAUGACGAUUUCCAGAGAACCAGGCCCCAGAGAAGAAAGAAGAAGAAGGCAUUCAAAUUACUUUUGCUCCAAUCCAUUUCAUCAAUUUAUGAAGCUUUCAUGUUGAAGCUCCUGGGAAGCAUAUGUAUUAUAUUGCCAACCUUGAAAAGCUUUGGAAAAUAAUGUCAGUUGUUGCUUCUCCAACUCUUUUUCCUGAUUUAAGUGUUUUAAGCUUGAUUUCGAUUUUUUAGGGAGUUAGUAGUUUUGGUUUUGACGUUGUUUUGUUUGUGAUAGAUCUCAGUAUAUUGCAAAUAUUUUGCAAGUUGAUGUGCUAAAGAUUUUGCAUUAACUUAUAUUUUCAUUUGCCCGUGUUCUAA